GUGACGUGGUGGCAGCCUUGCGAGAGGUUGGCAUUUUGGAGGAGUGGCAGCAGGGCUUUUGGGCCUCGAUCUUCCCAGAGAGCGAGAUGCGGGCCGUUCAGCGGCUCACAACAUGCCAGCGAGCUGCUUUGGCGAAUGUGCGCUCCAACGCCUCUUUGAACCAUGAGAAAGCCAUGCCAGAGGUACGUGACCGCUUCGCGAGGCUGGGCUAUGGCGAAGAUGAGCUUCAGGGUGUGCUGGGCUGGAUUCAGGAUUUGGCGCCCAUGUGCAUUCACAUCCACAUCGACGACGUGGGGCGGUUCUUGGAAACGGACGAGUUCUAUCGCAGCCAGUUCGAGACCGGGACCUCUUGCGGAGCGCUGGACGAUAAGAACAUGAUCCGCAAGGGCUGGGAGACGGACCUCUUCGGCGGCGCUUACGACGAAGCGAAGCCCUUCGAACGCUGCAAGUAUGGCGCUUUGGGCGUCAUGAACGACUAUCGUGGCAUCACCUCCGCAUAUCAGUAUGGUGAUUCCUACUUGGUUUUGAAGGAUGUGCGGCUGCGUGCCACGUUUGCCUCGACGGACUCCGGGGGCAUCGAAGGACAACGCUUGGCGGUGCUCGACAAAUAUGCCCACGUGCUCAAGGAGUACAACGACACGGAGAUCCAUCGACUGGUUGAGGUAGCCAUGGCCAAUACCUCCUUGGAGGACGUGCCGCGCAUGCAGCCGCGGCUCCUACGGGGCUUGACGGCCGACACGACCAACGACUGGGUCACGAUGGGAUUUCCCGACUUGCCACAGAAGAAGGGUCGUUACUUCUUCGAGGUGGAGCUGCACAACGGCUGCGAGAGCCCCCAGAUCGGCAUGCUCAGCAACCAAUUUGCCUUGGCCCCGAGGACCCGGGGUCAACAUCUCCUGGGCGUGGGCGAUGACAAGUAUGGAUGGGCGGCCGAUGGUCAGCACUCCAUCCUGUGGCAUGCAGGUCAAAAGUAUGCGUGGAACCGCACCUGGAAAUCCUCAGGGCGCCAACUGAAAGAGAUGGUCGUGGUGGGCAUAGCUGUGGACAUCGAGGCCUGCAAAAUUUGGUUCGCCACGAACGGAGUCUGGGACGAAGAGGCAGAGCCCAGUUUCGGACCCUCCAUGAUCCCUCGCGGCACCGCGCUGUACCCAGCCAUCUCCUUCAAGGGUCGCGCGGCCUUCAACUUCGGCCCGGAGUUCAAACACAAGGCGCCAGAAUUCAAAGGCAAGUCCUUCUUGGCCUGGCCUGGGAUGCCAGAUGGCCGGCUUAGAGCAGAUUGCCCCAUCAUCGGGAACUCGAACCAUGUCAGUAUCUACAAAGAGAUUCAGAUCCAUGGAGAGGUGAGUUUGAAGCGCAACGUGCAAAGGUUGGUGGCCAAUCGGAAGCACCUGGAGGUGUCCAAGAGCGAUCGGAGCUGGGCCGUCUGCGUAGAUGGACUGGGCUCGGCAGAUGGUAGCUACGACCGAGUCGGUGCCAAGAAUGGGAAGGCGAUGUACAAGCAGCAUGACGGGGACAGCCAUCAGAUCUUCUUCGAUCGGAACACAGAGAACUGGAAGAUCAUUCAUGAGGAACGCCCAGACAUUUGGCUGGCCGAGGCGCCCCCCGUGGCUGGCAGUUUCGAGCCCCCUCGACAUCAGUGGUCGGUGCCCACCACGAAGCGCGGACGCGUGCCAGUGGGGCUCUUUAAGCAGGUUUGUGCCAAUGCCAAUGUCAGCUCAGAAGUGCAGGAGCAUAUCAUCAGUGUCUUGGGCAAGGGAGCCUCUGGCUCAGAGCAGGAGAUCUUCCGCAUCGAUGACCAUACUACCUUCGAAGAUGAAUGGACCAAGCUGCAGAAGGAGAAUAAGGUGCAGAUGACAGCCGAGGAUUUCUGGAUCCUAUGCGUGCAAAAGAAACACGAAGAGAUUUUGUCAGGGAAGAGGAUGAAGGAUGCCGUCAUCGUGGAGACGCCGCACCCUUAUCCCGCCAAGACGCAUAGCUGGACGCGAGACGUGUCGCUCCCCAACGCCACGAAGCUGCGGGUGACCUUCGACCCACGCUCGGUGACCUUGGACGAUUGCACCACCUUCAAAGCGUUGGCAGGUGGCUUGAGCAAGAGCUUGGCUGGCGUGGGUGCUCGCGCCCACUUGAGGGCCAUCUCCGGCACGGACCAGGUCCAUGGCACGAUGGCUGGUCAGGCGGAGGGUGGGAAAUGGAUUGUCAACAUCGACAAUGAUGAGACUGAGAUUUGCGGCUGCUUCAGGGAGUGGAUGGAUGCAGCGGAAGGGAGACACUGCACUGCCACCUGCGCUCAAGAGAAGAAGGUCAUCCGCGUCAAGUACGACCAGACCGUCGGCGAGGAGAUUUCCGGUUUCACCUUCAACGAGGCUUGUCCCUUGUCAUCCUUCAGCAUCGCUGGAUUCACGACGCCGGGAGGGCCCGCGCAGCUGAAGGGCGUCUUCACCGGAUGGUUCGUAGAUGUGAUCCACCUGAUCAAGCAGAAGGCCUUCAAAGACUUGACGGGCGAGGACCUUGGAGAGGUGCCCAUGAAUCUCACGCAGAUCGCGGAGAACAUCGAAGGUUUUAAGAAGCGCUUGGAGGCGUUGAGAGAUGUGAAGAACAUAACUCUGGUCUUCUACAAUGGCUUGGACUUCCAGCUGCUUCCCAGCUGCGCUGUGAGCUACAAGGCGAAGCGCGUCUCGGAUGAGAUCUUGGCCCUUGCCAGCAGUGGGGGCGUUCUCUCCAUCGCCGACAUGACGGAGAAGGGCCCCGCGCGCGACGCUGGCGUCCGGACGGGCUGGCACGUGAGCCUGCACGAGCCGCUGGGGCCGGUGAGUGGCGGGUGCGGACGGCGCGUGGAGGGAGGAAGUGGAAGUGGGAGCAAUUAA